AUGGGCAACUCCCGUGGACGCCGAACGAACGGCAGCAUCAAGACCAGCAAGGGUGCCCAACGUGGUACAGUGUCCCACCUAUUGUCAGAUCAGCCCCUCGCGGCACGACCCAAGGUCUCGAUAGUCAGCAACGACGACAGCCAGGACAGUUCUGACGGCGGCGCAUCCACGACUCCUUCCAUGGCCGAAUCCACAGUGAAGACCACUAUCAACGGCACAGACGGCACGAAAAGAAAUAUGUCGAGGAAGCCCUCAUCGCCAAUGGCUCCGGCCUUUAUGGUGUCGGCGCCAGGCAAGGUUAUCGUCCAUGGCGAGCAUGCUGUUGUCCACGGCAAGGCAGCCAUGGCUGCGGCCAUUUCCCUUCGGUCCUACCUUCUCGUCACAACGCUGUCCAAAUCGCACAGGACAAUUACAAUGAAUUUUCGGGAUAUCGGUCUGGACCAUACGUGGGACAUUGACGAGCUGCCGUGGGACGUGUUUCACCAUCCGUCCAAAAAGAAGUUCUACUACGACCUGGUCACCUCUCUUGAUCCGGAACUCGUCGCCGCAAUCCAGCCCCACGUCGAGGCCGUGUCUCCAGGAAAACCAGAGGAUGUGCGCAAGAUCCAUCGCCGAUCCGCGUCCGCGUUCCUUUACCUGUUCCUUUCCCUCGGGUCGCCGCAGAACCCUGGAGCGAUCUACACCCUCCGAUCCACCAUCCCCAUUGGCGCAGGUCUCGGCAGCAGCGGGAGCGUCUGCGUCUGUCUGAGCGCUGCGCUACUCCUCCAGAUCCGCACCCUCGCCGGGCCCCAUCCCGACCAACCUCCUGACGAGGCGGAAGUGCAAAUCGAGCGCAUCAAUCGCUGGGCGUUUGUCGGGGAGAUGUGCACGCACGGAAACCCUAGUGGUGUGGACAACACGGUCUCCGCAGGCGGCAAGGCCGUGGUAUUCAGACGGGAGGACUACUCCAAGCCACCAACUGUCACUCCGCUCCUUAACUUCCCCGAACUACCGCUCCUUCUCGUCGACACACGACAACCCCGCUCAACCGCCGUCGAAGUGGCCAAGGUGGGCAAGCUGAAGGAUGAGCAUCCUGUCGUGACCGACUCCAUUCUGGAGGCAAUCGACCAGGUGACCCUAGCAGCGCAACGAACGAUCCAGGAAAUCAACGCCAAGGGUAUCACAGACCAGACGCUGGAAGACCUGGGUACCCUGAUACGUAUCAACCACGGCUUCCUCGUAUCGCUCGGUGUCUCGCAUCCCCGCUUGGAGCGGAUUCGCGAGCUUGUCGACUACGCCGACAUUGGAUGGACAAAAUUGACCGGUGCUGGAGGCGGCGGGUGCGCAAUCACUCUUCUCCGUCCGGGCAUCAAAGAGGAGGCUGUCCGCGAGCUUGAAGAGAAGCUUUCCGCCGAAGGAUUCGUAAAGUACGAGACGACAUUGGGAGGCGAUGGCAUCGGUGUUCUCUGGCCGGCUGUGCUUCGCAACGGCACCGAUGAAGAAGGUGGCGAGGAGAUUGACCAACAGAAGUUCGAGAAUGCAGACGGCGCCGAGGGCAUCGAGCGUCUCGUGGGCGUCGGCGUCCAGGAGAAGCGGGAAGGAUGGAAGUUCUGGAAACGGUCGCCUCGUUUCUCAUGA